AUGUUGGUAACUUGCCUCAAUGAACAGCAUGAGGUCAAGGAUGUUAGCAUGAGUAAGAUCCAACAAACAACAAAUCAACACACCACUCAUCACUUGCCGUAUGAAAUGAUUGUGGAAAUUUUACAUUAUUUGCAAUCAGGAGAGAUUUUGAAACAGUGUUGCUUGGUGAAUAGACAGUGGCAAUCUUGUUGUUUUAUGCUGCCACUCAGAGUCAAAAUUGCACCUCGUUUGAAUCACAAAUUGGGUGAAAUUAUUGCAGACAAUCGAUGGAUGAAGAAGGUGUGUGAUUUGGAUUUGAGUUUUCAUCCUUUAGGUGAUGAAGGCAUUAGUUCACUCGUUCAGAGUCGUGUUCUGUCUAACUUGCAACAUUUGAAUUUGCAUAGAAGUAGGAUGCGAACAGAGGGGAUACGGGCCCUUUGUCAGAGCAGAUAUCUGAUGAAUAUCAAAUCACUCAACUUAUCUGGAUGUGACAUUGGCUUGGAAGGUAUAAAAUCUCUAGCUUCCUCAACAAAUUUACCCAAUCUAGAGACAUUGAAUUUGUGUGAUUGUUCCUUAAAUUGUGAGAGUAUUAGAAUACUAUCAAGGAGUCCACCACUGGCCAAUUUAACUCAUCUCAACUUACGAAAUUGUACUGUGGGAGAUGAUGGAGCCAGAUACAUUGCAUCCAGCCCAUAUCUCAAUCAAUUGAAAGUUUUGGAUUUUACAUUUAGUAAUGUGGGGUUUAAUGGUUUAAGAGAAUUGAUGGAGAGUAGAAAUUUAUCAAACCUAGAAAGUUUGGAUUUGUCUCAUUGCGAAAUAACUAAUGAGGGCUGUAAACUUAUUGCCAACAGUCCUUUCAUGUUGAGAUUGCAACAUCUUAAUUUAACAUUCAGCAAGAUUGGUUGUCAAGGUGUUAAAUACAUUGGAGAGGGAUCAUCCAUGUCUCUAUUGCAAUCCCUCGAUUUAACAUUCUGUAAGAUUGGGCGAGAGGGAAAGCAAUUCAUUCAACAAAGCCCCUUCAUGAACAACUUGCAAGUGUUGAAAUGUUAUCCUCUCUCUAACAACUUAUAA